AUGGAUCUCAAACAACUUGCUUCAACUGUAGCCUUUCAGAUGGAACAGAUCGCCAUCCUUCAGGACGAAUUGAAGAAGAAAGAAGAGAUUCAAGAUGACUUGGUCAAGCGGCUUGAGUCUAUGAGCGUAUACCACGAAGAUCUCCAUCAAACCCCCAAAUCAAAGAACGGCUCAAAAGGAAUGAUCAAGAGCACCCAAUCCAACAGUGGACCAAAAACGUCACCUUUGAAAAAUCGACCGGGGUCACAGUCUUCUAAGCCGAAAGGCCAAACAUCUGCCAAAAAGAACAAAACCCCUGAAAAACCAAAAAAGCCCAAGUCGACCUCUUCAAAGCCAGUUUCUACUCCGGCAACUCCUUCUCCCAAGAAAAACAAGAACCAAAUGAUCAUGAAGGAAACACCUGAGGGUUUCAAAACCACCAAGGUCAUGUGGGGGAUGGUCGAAGCUGGUGCUGUACCACCACCACCGUCUGUCGACAAUAUCAGAGAGUUCACUUCCGCCUUUUCAAGCAGUGACGAAAUCCAGCACGUUAUGAACAGCAGCGCGGCUCGCAAACUUGUUCCUCAACACGAAGUCCUCACUCUCACAGGCAUCAAGUCUGGCCGCAGGAAGAUGGGAAGGCACAUCAUCAACAUCAAAGAGUUCUUUAUCAGCAUCACCCAAUCAUCCCUUGCCAAACUUGGUAUUCGAGCAUGGGGUCCUAACCUUUUGGAACCAAUUGACUCCUUAUGGAACGAGGCUUGCCGGAUGAGUGCGCUCAUGAUUUUCAGGAGAGUGGCUAUUGGUGGAGCUUUUGAUUACAUGAACAUCAAUAGGACUUAUGUACAGAAUUUUGGGCUGCUUGAGGGUGCUUAUAAUCACUACGUUCACUAUGUGAUGUCAGCAAAGUACAAGAAGGAGGCAAAAGAAGAAGGGAAGAAUGUGAAAGACGAGGAGAAAAAGCUGCGUGAUGCUAGGGUUAAAUUUGCCACCAAUCAAGGCUUCAAACAAAGGUACCUUGACCUCAUUUCUCCCAUCGAUGCCCACAGCGAUGACAAGUACAGCGAGAAGCACAACUGUCACAUUGUCAAAACCCUCGAGUACCGUAGCAACAACGCAAAUGCUUUCUUCGUGCGCCUGACUCAAGAGAUGGAAAAGAACAAUCGGCUAGAAGGAAAGCGCCCUCAAGGUCGGAUCAGGCGUCGUCCCAAAAUUGCCGUCAUGUCUACAAUUGGCCGCCCGCCAAAGAACAUGCCAAUCGACUUCUAUAACCCCUCCUGGUUCAAUGAACUCACCGAUGCUCAAAAAACCAAGGUUGCAGAUGCGUAUUGUGUUGCCCUCCUCCCGAAUGCCAAGUUGAGCUUUUGUGCUGUCUCAGGUGCUGAUGAGAAGCUUGGUGACAAAGCUUUCAAUGCAAAGUUUUGGGAUCAAAUUACCGGUUUUUACAAUCUGAGUCAUGUGAUUGGUUCCGAAGAAGACAACGAAGAUGAUGAAGAUGACGACAAUGAGGACAGUGACUACGAUGAUGACAUUGAUCUGGAGGAUACUAGUGGUGAAGACGAUGACGACGAGCAGGACAACAACAAAGAUGAUGAUGGCUUUGUAGCUGCCGAUGAUGGGGUGGAUGGAAAGUUUGAUGAUGACGAGUUUGAUGAUGGUGCUGGUGACAAACAUGAUGAAGACGGUGAUGCUCAAAUGUGGGAGGAAGAGGAUGCUGCUCGCGAGGCCAGACAAGACGAAGACAAUUAUUGGAAUCAGUGGCAAUGAUAGUGCGCACCAUCCUGUUCAGUCCUGUUGCUAGUCUCAAGUAGCACUUUUGAAGCAUUCGUGGCUGGGGGGAAAUGGAUGUGGCGGGUUUGGUAAUCCUGUGAAAAAUUGCUUUCUAGCUUAAUGAAAAAAUCGAAAAAAAUGCGCUCAACUUUACACCUUCUUAACGGUCAUUACUGGUCAUCGGUUUUCCUUUUUAUCACUCCUUCUGUGGGCUCUUCUGAAUGAUAAAAUCCAAAAAAAUCUGCUCGACUUUACGCUUUCUAAACAGUCUUUACUGGUCAUCUGUUUUCCUUUUUAUUCUUCUUUUGGCUCUUCUCAAUGAUAAAAUCCAAAAAAAUGUGCUCGACUUUACAUUGUCAGCACGGUCUUUACUGGUCAUCUGUUUUCCUUCUGCCUGGUUGAUUUUGUUUGAGAUCUGUCUCUGACUCAAUUUUGUACCUACCAAAUUAUGUGUUCCUCUUAUCAUUUCUUGACGGUCGUUACAGUAUUGAAAAUUUGAUGUUUGUGGUUUCUUGG